AUGGAACUAACGGCCUUAACUCUUCGAAGUGCCACCCAGAAACUCUGUCCAUACUUCCAAGCCCACCCGGUGGUCGUGCUAACUGACCAACCCCUUCGCAACAUCCUGCACAAACCAGACCUAACCGGGAGAAUGCUUCAAUGGGCCAUAGAAUUGAGCGAAUUUGGAAUCGAGUUCCAACCCAGAUUGUCCAUAAAAGGCCAAGUGAUGGUUGACUUCGUGCUGGAAUACUCCCGAAGGCCCAUCCAACACAAGGAACGAAGCGAAGAAGAAUGGUGGACUUUGCGAGUCGAUGGAGCCUCCCGAUCGUCAGGAUCCGGGGUAGGGCUCCUGUUGCAAUCCCCAACUAGAGAACAUCUGGAACAAGCCAUCCGACUAGGAUUCCUCGCCUUUACCAAUGAAGCCGAAUAUGAGGCCAUCCUAUCCGGAAUGGAUCUCGCCCUAGCUCUAUCCAUCUCCAAACUCCGGAUCUAUAGUGAUUCCCAACUCGUGGUAAGACACGUCCAGAAGAAAUACGAAGCUAACGAUGCGCGCAUGGCACGAUAUCUGGCUAAAGUAAGGGACACCUUACAACGAUUCGCCGAGUGGACGAUAGAAAAAAUUAAGCGAACUGAAAAUGGGCACGCCGACGCCUUGGUAGGCAUAGCCGCCUCCCUUCCCAUCAAAGAAGCCAUAUUGUUGCCUAUACAUGUGCAAACCAACCCUUCCGUCACGGAAGUCUUCACUUGCAAUACUAUUGAGGUAAAUCAAGCAGAUAGCCAAGAAUGGACGAACGACAUUAUAGAGUACCUUCGGACAGGUACCCUGCCCGAAGACCCCAAACAGGCACACAAGGUCUGGGUACAAGCCGCCAGUUUCACCAUGGUUGGGGGCCACUUAUACAAACGGUCUUUCACAGGUCCCUACCUUCGAUGCCUAAACUAUUCAGAGGCCCUCUAUGUAUUAGCUGAAUUACACGAGGGAGUAUGUGGAAAUCAUGCUGGAGGACGAUCUUUAGCACAUAGGGCCCAUUUGCAAGGAUAUUACUGGCCCACAAUGAAGAAAGAUGCUACAGCCUAUGUCAAAAAAUGUGACAAAAGUCAAAGGCAUGCCCCCAUUCCACAUAUGCCAUCAGAGGCAUUGAAACCAAUUUCAGACCCUUGGCCCUUCGCGCAUAAAUGGGUGGAAGCUGAAGCAUAUGCUAGCAUCAAGGACAAAGAUGUCACCAAGUUCGUAUGGAAGAAUAUCAUUUGCCGCUUUGGAAUUCCCCAAACCAUCAUAGCUGACAACGGUCCACAGUUUGAUAGUAAAGUUUUCCGGAAUUUCUGUUCAGAACUAAACAUCCGGAACUCAUACUCCACCCCACGUUAUCCUCAAAGCAAUGGCCAAGCGGAGGCCACAAACAAGACACUGAUAACUGCCUUAAAAAAGAGGCUCGAGCAAGCCAAAGGAAAGUGGGUGGAAGAGCUACCCGGCGUCCUAUGGGCUUAUCGAACCACACCCGGACGUUCGACAGGAAACACUCCCUUCGCCCUCGCAUACGGUAUGGACGCAAUCAUUCUUACAGAAAUAGGGCUACCCAUUAUCCGGACUGAGGCAGGAAGCCAGGAUGAUGCGAAUGCAGAGUUAGGAAGAAACUUGGACUGGGCAGACGAAGUAAGAGAAACUGCAUCCAUUCGGAUGACAAACUAUCAACAAAGGGCAUCAACUCACUACAAUCGCAAAGUAAGGCCCAUAAGCUUAAAAAAUGGUACGCUGGUCCUUAGAAAAGUUUUCGAAAAUACCGCUGAUAUAGGAGGAGGAAAGUUCCAAGCCAACUGGGAAGGCCCCUAUAUAGUGUCUAAAGCAAGUAAAAGUGGAGCCUAUCAUCUACAAAAGCUAGACGGGACACCAUUGCAAUGA